AUGUGUCCACGGCGUCAACGGACAUUCCGGGCACGAAUUGGACUUGUUGGACACCUUCGGACCGCACCAACCGUCGUCCCUCCGCCCAACUCCUCCUCCUCUCCGCCGCCAACUAACUCUGAUCGCCCUUCUGAACCACCGUUCCCAUCUUCCUCCUCCUCCUCCACCUCCCGCCCCUCUUCCUCCUCCUCCGCAGCUCCAACGUCUGCCGUUGUGGUGCCUGCCACGCACAUCAACACCGCACACAAUCCUGACACACCCUCAAGCAUCAACACCACCACGGUCGACACAAGAGGCGGGGACCAGGACUACACCUGCCCUCACUGCGACCGCGCCUUCACCCCACGCAUAGGCCUGGUCGGUCACUUGCGAAUCCGUCACAGAGAGACUAACGAACCAGUGCCUGGAGCACUAACCUACACCCGCCGCACUCGCCUCCACCGCCCUCACACUUUCACGCAUCGCAUGGGCCUAUUCGGCCACAUGCGCAUCCACGAAAACCUGCGGUAG